AUGAUCAUCGCUAACGCCACCAUCGACCUGCUCGCCUGCCUUGCCGUCCUGGAAAAGUGCCAGCGACCCAAGUCAAGGGAGGAGAAAGACUGGGGCGGGCUGCUCCAUCAGACGCAAACAGAAACGGUGUGGGAUGACGAUGUUGCUAUCUACACGCCAGAUGGAACCAAGAUCGGUGAGAUGAAGGUAGUUGUUGACAUGCACUUCAAGACAAGUCCGCAACGAACGUCCUUCGAAGUCAAUGAGAUGCUGGCGGAUACAGAUCCCACGCUCCCCAUCUACCCUCCCGGAUCCUACCACAACGAGUUCUCAAUCCACUCUUCACACGUGGAGCAUCUGUCAACGAUCAUGGAGGCAUCCAAAGAAUCUUUCCAUCCCAACCACAAGUCGCUGAACUCUACGUCAUUGGAGGAGGAGGCAGGACCGGUCCAGACCUCCUCCUCCUCCUCCUUCUCCCCGGCAGCCACGGAAAGGUUCCAUGGGGAUCAAACAGCCUCCUCUGCUCGGCUAGGGAGGCUCAGCGGGUACAACGACGACACUGAGGUGUCUCUCAAUAGGACGUAUCCGUCCCACCGCCCAGCGCAGAGAGGAGCAGCGGAAGGAGCGGGAGCAGGAGUGGGAAUGGGAACAGAUGGAGGCAGAGAGGAAGGAAGAGUGAAGGGAACGGAAACGGAAGCAAAGAUGGGAGAACAACAUGGCGACAGAGCAGGACGGGGAGGAGAAGGAGGAGCAGGAGGAGGGGGAAGAGGAAAGCAGCAUUCUUCGAUCAUGGAUGGGAGCAAGGAUCUCCUACACGAUGGCGAUCAGGCCAUGAACAAUCUGAUGCGACUGAUAGAGGAAGACAAUUGGAGCCCGUCGAAGGUGAAGGGGGAGCAAGGAAGAGGGAGGGCAAGCAAGGCGGGAGGAGGAGGAGGGAGAGAGGAGGGAGACUUCCAUAACAUCUCCAGCAUCCUUGAAGUCUCGUCACAGGGCCAGCUGGACGACAGCUUGUCGUUCAGGCAGCAGGAGGAGCAGCUGAGCAAGAGCCAACGGUCGUUCGCUGGGCGAGAGGAAGGGAGGCAGGAGGACAGAGCACUCGACGACAGCGACGAAGACAACAACAGCAGCAGCAUCCGCAACAAGAACAACAGCAAUAACAACACCAUCAACAAGAGCAGAAGCAACAACAACAGCAGGAGCAACAGCAACAGGAGCAACAUCAGCAAUAUCGACAACAACGACAACUCACAAACAACACAUGGAGGCGAGGUGACAAGAGAUGGAAGGCUGAGGGGAGGAGAAACAAACAGCUGCAUGCGAUCGGUAGAGCUGCUGGAAAAGCUGCUCAUGAAAGGGAAAUCGCUGAUCGGGGAGAUGGAUGAGCUAACUCAGAAACGUGGGACGAAAAACGAUGAGCUAAUUCAGAUACAAUGCGCCACCAACGACAAGGAGCUUGUCCAAAAAGAUGCCAAGGAUGAGGAAGAUGAGAUGAGCGAAGAAGAUAUUCUGCUGGCUGAAGACAUGUGCUGCCUCGACCACGAUUCCUCUUCUCCAUCACAACAAGUCCCUGGACACUUCCAAGACGAAAGAACGGAGGUGGAGGACGAGGCUAGAGAAAGCAAUGUGAAUGAGAAGGAGAAGGAGGAGCAGGAGGAGCAGGAGGAGAUGUUUCAUCUUGCUGCCAACAUAUCAUUCCUUGCCGUUGGAGGAGGAAGAGGGAUGCUUCGGCCGGGAGACGAGCUGUACAUCGACUGCGUGCUGCACACCAAGGAAGGAGCAGGAGCAGGAGCAGGAGCAGGAGCAGGAGCAGGAGCAGGAGCAGGAGGAGCGGGUGAAAUCUUGGUCCAUCGACAGUUACGGGUGGAGGUACCGGGCUCGAUGAUACUGCAAGAAGGGCAGACUAUGGCGAUAGGAAGAACGAUGAAGGUGCCGAUAAGGAGGAGGGAAGUUCUCCUCCUCCGUGGCCGCUCGACCCCUCCUCCUCCUUCCCUGGAGUUCCGCGUGCUGCACCAGGCGAGGACGCGAGUGUUCGGGGAGGAGGAGAGGAGGGAGGUGGGAAAGAUGAGGAUGGUUGGAACGGGGAGGAUGGAGCUGGACCGAGUCUGGAGCUCAGAGGACGGGAGAUGGGCGGGUAUCAUUCACCUGAAGCAAGCGAACGAUGGCGGGAGGAGACGAGGAGGAGGAGGAGGAGGAGGAGGAGGAGGAGGAGGAGGAGGAGGAGGAGGAGGAGGAAGAUAUGAUGACAUGAUUGUCUCGUUGUUUCAGAGGGACGUGGAGCAGGAGAACAUCGUUGGGCGCCUCGAUGUCUCCGUUUCUUUCCACCGAGGGUGCCCAACCAUGGAGGAUGCUGAAGUUGGCGCGGGAGAGGCAGAGGACGGGAGGAGGAGGGAGAGCGAGAGAAGGACGGGAGAAGACGGGAGGAAGAGGGAGAGCGAGAGAAGGACGGGAGAGGAAGGGAGGAGGAGGGAGGGAGGAGCGGAGGAGGGAGGAAAGGGAGAGAGGAUCGACUUCCUGUUGCAAGUGGAGGACCUGAUUGGGUUGCAAGGGCAAGGGAAGCUGCUGCUGCUGGGGAGAUGUUGUGGGCAGCCGUUUGCGGGGAGGAUUGUUGAGGGAUCGCUCCAGUGUCGGGGUGAGGGAGCGAGUCUGGUGGUGAAGAACAUGAUGGGAGGAGAGGAGAAGUUGGUUGCAAGGAAGUUGUUCAACAAGUCAGAGGAGGGGGAGGGGCGGGAUGGUUGCACCGUCCUGUUGGAGGUGUGGGACGUGAGGGAGGAUGGAGGGAAGAAACUGGUCGGUCUGUGCCGAGUGACUUGCGAGGACAAGAGCGCAGUCGGAGGAGGAGGCAAAGUUGAGGACAACAAGGAGAAGAACAAAUCGAAGAAUGCGGGUGUGAGCAAACAAACAAACAGAGAUGGAAUGAAGGAGAAGAUAAGAGGGAAGGAAAGCUGCGUCAAAGAUGCGAUCUGGAUCGAAGGGAAGUUCGCUGUCCGCAACCCUUUGACAGGGAAGGACGUGGGUCAGGUUGCGUUGACGCUGUUCCAUGGCUACGGAGACACCUUGAGCAAGUUGAAGUUGAACAACAACAUGGACAGGGAGGUCAAAAGAGUCACCGAGGAGAAACUGAAGAUGGUGACGGGCGCCAUGCAGCAGGCUGGGACGGGAGCAUGCCGGGUGGCUGUGCGGGAGGAGGAGCAAGAGGAGGAGCAGGGGGAGGAGCGGGAGGAGGAGCGGGAGGGAGCACGACAUGGAAGUUGUAGAGAUUACAAUGGAAACGAUCGCGAUCAAGGUCGUGAAGAUGUUCAGAUAGUGACAAGAGUCGGAAAAGUCUGCAAGAAAGGUGAACAUGAGACCGAGAAUGUUCACAACCCGCAAACCCGUGCAGCUGGGGAUCACUGGGAGCUGGAGAAAUUCCCUCGCCGAGAUCGACUUGAAGGAGCCGACGAUGGCUGGAAGAGGGAGAGGCAGGAGGGAGGGCAAGGGACGGAGGUCAGACACGUCCUGACGCUCAAGGUCAAUGCUCUGUAUCACCUUGACCGCAUGACGGGCGUCAGAGGAGGUGACGAGGUCUACCUAGCGUUCCAGCUCGACGACGGGACUUGCCAGACGUCCUCCUGCUUCCUCAGAGUCUCUUCCUGUAUCAGAUUUCAGCACUCGACCUGCCUCGCGACCUUUUCCAGCCGCCAUGGAGGGACAGGAGAAAAGUUCGCUCCUGCCUGCGACGGUGUCCUGUUCAAGGUGUUCAGGAGGGGCACUGGGACUGAGCAAGAGGACAGAGAGCUUGCUUUCUCGUACCUAUCUCCUUCCCUCAUCAGGCCCUUUUUGAUCUCAGCAGCAGCAGCAAACUCUUCCCGAUCCUCAAGGCUCUUUCGCCUCCCCCUCUCCUGCGCCGACCUCUCGGUUCCUGACCAGUCGGCGAGUGAGUUGCAAGUUGAGCUCGCCUACUCCCAGCACAGGAGGGCUGUACAGCCAACACCCGAGACAGAGUCGGAUCGUUCCUUUCUUGCUGACGUCACCAUCACCCGAGCGAUGGGCCUCAAGAGCUCAGUCGACGAUGUGGAAGAGAAGUCGGCAGACUGCCGUCUCCUCAUGUUCGAUGGGCCAAACACGUUCGUCGUGUGCAAGCUCGAAGAUGAUGAUGAAGAUGAAGACAAAGGCGCAGAUGAUGAUGGAGACUAUGCAGGAGCACACAAGAGUUGGAGCAGUGCUAUCGUAGCUCACAGCUUCUCCCCGACCUUCAACCUCCAGCUCUCCAUUCCCCUCCCAUCGCAGCAGGAUCUGAUCCGCUACGUCAACAACUCGAGGCUGCACAUCUUUGUCUUCCACAGAUGUCGCAAGCAUCACAGAUGCAACUCGAACAACUGCUGCCGACAUGUCCUGCUGUCACAUGCUGUUCGGUCCUCAGACCUUCUCCUCUCCCAAGUCAGCCUUCCUCUCUCCUCCCUCCUCUACAGCGAUCGCGCAAGCACGUGGGUUGCUCUCCGAACGCCCAGGGGGCGAGGAGGAGGCGCUGUCGAAUUGACGGUCAGGAAGUCACAAGGAGUGCAGAGCUGCUUGCGAGCUCAUGAUGAGAUGUUGAUCUCGAGGAUGAUCAGACACUGCUGUGAUCUCAGGGAGGAGGAGGAGGAGCAGGAGGAGCAGGAGCAGGAGCAGGAGCAGGAGCAGGAGCAGGAGCAGGACGGAAGCGCGAGUGCGCGAGAGCUGAGCCUGCAUGUCAUCUUUGAGGAACUUGUCGUCGAUGGAGCACAGGAGGUGGAGCAUGCGAUGAACUUUGGGAACAAUCUUGCUGGCGGGAAGAGCAGCAGGAGCAGGACCAGGAGCACGAGCACGAGCAGGAGGAUCAGGUUUCGAUUCUGUGUUUGCGACCUCGGACAAGUCUGUGAAUUUUCAAAGUUGGCUGUAAGAAGAAAGAAGAGACGUCAGAAAGACAAGGAGGAGAAGGAGGACAGGAAGGACAAGGAGGAGGAGGAGGACAGGAAGGACAAGGAGCAGGAGGAGGAGGAGGAGGACGAGGAACAGAACAUCUUCGUCGUGGACCAUUCUCGUGUCUUCCCAGUGCGACUUGACAGGCAGUCGAUGACAAAGCUGCUUACUCGUGAUGUCUGGAUCCGGUGUGAAAUGCUGGCAGAGGACGAGGAAGAGGAAGACGAGGACGAGGAAAGGAUGAGAAGCAUGCAGCUGGGAGAAGUCAGAUUCAGCCUCCGCUCCCUCCUCCUCAAGCUCCUGGGGAAGGAGCUGGGAAGGGAGGAGGAGCGAACGAGAUGGCCAUGCUGGGCAGGAUAA